UUCAUUACAGGAAAAAAGAUUAAUUUAACAAAUAAAUAAAGCCCGACCAUCUAAAAUCUUCACUACGCUCGAAUCCGGUACUCUGAAUUCCUGGGUGGAACAUCCCAAAAUAAAAAAUUCCUGGAUAGAAAUUUCCAAUCAAGAAAAACUCUAACCCCAUCUCAAUCUCAUCAAAUGACCACCUUUACUCUGACCCCCUUCAUUCCCACUAGCCAGAGAUGCAUUCAGCCGCCAUACUCUUGAGUUCCAUCUCGAAUUACCCUCCAGGGAUUCACCUUUUUCAUUCAGAGCUUCAGAAUUUUCACCCAAGACUUAAUCUUUACACUCAGCCCAUCAAAAGAAUGGCUUUUUCAGGUGGGCUAGGCUUCAAAAUCAGUGCUGGAGGAACUACCGCUGCCUCUGGUGAUGGUGGUGGUAGUGGGUUUCAGACACUGAGGGAGUAUAUGGGAAGAAGGGAAGAACACGUUGGCGAUGAAUUGGUGGUGCUGUUUAGUCACUUGGAGUAUGCUUGCAAAAGGGUUGCUGCUCUUGUGGCUUCACCUUUCAACUCCAGUCUUGGUAAAGACUUCAAUGUUGCUGCUGCCGGCAGUGCUGAGAGGGAUAAGCCUAAGCCACUUGAUAUCGUCGCAAAUGAGAUUAUAUUGUCUUCUUUGAAGAAUUCUCGAAAAGUUGCAGUGAUGGCUUCAGAAGAAGAUGAUGCUCCAGUUUGGCUUGCUGAUGAUGGCCCUUUUGUGGUCGUUUUAGAUCCUCUGGAUGGUUCCCGGAAUAUUGAUGCUUCUAUUCCUACUGGAACAAUAUUUGGGAUCUAUAGACGCCUUGUAGAACUGGAUCAUCUGCCGACAGAGGAGAAGGCAAUGCUUAAUUCUCUCCAGAGUGGAACUAAGCUUAUUGCUUCUGGCUAUGUUCUUUAUUCAUCAGCUACAAUCUUGUGUACCAGCUUUGGGUCAGGAACACAUGCAUUCACCCUGGAUCACUCCACGGGAGACUUCAUUCUAACACAUCCAAACAUUAAAAUUCCUCCUCGAGGGCAAAUAUAUUCUGUCAAUGAUGCUCGGUAUUUUGACUGGCCUGAAGGCUUAAGGAAAUAUAUCGAUACUGUUAGACAAGGCAAGGGCAAACAUCCUAAAAAGUAUUCAGCCAGAUAUAUAUGUUCUCUUGUUGCUGAUUUCCAUCGAACGCUCUUGUACGGUGGCAUAGCUAUGAAUCCAAGGGAUCAUCUUCGUCUUGUAUAUGAAGCUAAUCCACUCAGUUUCCUAGCAGAGCAAGCGGGAGGCAAAGGUUCUGACGGUAAAGCUAGAAUACUGUCCCUCCAGCCUGUCAAGCUGCACCAAAGACUUCCUCUGUUUUUGGGAAGUCCAGAUGAUAUAGAAGAGUUAGAGAGUUACGGAGAUGUUCAGCAGAAAGUAAACCCUGGAUAUGAUGUCUGAAAAUGCAUUUAGGUGUUGCCAUUUGAGAAUUUCUUUGAUUUGUUGCUGAAAUCUCUGGCGUAGUUGCUGUUCACGCCCAGUUUGCUCUGAGCUCUGGUGAUAUGGAAUGGUUGUAGAUUGUAAUAUAAGUGUAAAUGUGAAAAUUGAGAUCCAGUUUUGUCUCUAUUUCAACUGAUGAUGUAUUGAUAUUUUUUUAUGAUGACAAAAUUAUGCACUGAAACCUCC